AUGUUUAUGUUUGUGCUGAGUGUUGCUUAUGGACAACACCAUAUCAGAUGCCUUCCAAAAGAGAGAGAAGCACUCCUUCAAUUCAAGGCUGCAAUUGUUGAUCCCUACGGCAUGCUUUCAUCUUGGACCACUCCCGACUGUUGCCAAUGGGAGGGUAUUCGCUGCACCAACCUCACCGCUCAUAUUAUAAGCCUCCACCUUCCUGGACAGCAUAGUGAAUCUCUUUCUCUUGGGGGUUAUUAUGAAGUCUCUUGGCGUUACAUCAGCGGAGAGAUCCACAAGUCGUUAAUGGAGUUGCCACACUUACAGUAUUUGAACCUCAGUUUCAAUGAUUUUUCAGACAGUAAUAUUCCAGAGUUUCUUGGCUCUCUUACCAACGUGAGAUAUCUUGAUCUCUCUUCAUGUGGUUUUAGCGGACAAAUUCCAACUCAGAUAAGUUUUCUUUCUCAUUUGAAAUAUUUGAAUCUUGCUGAUAAUUAUUUGGAGGGUCCAAUUCCUCUUCAACUUGGAAAUCUCUCUCGAUUGGAGUAUCUUGAUCUCAGGUACAAUUCUUUUGGAGGAUACAUUCCUUCCCAACUAGGAAACCUUUCAAAUUUGCAUAAACUCUAUCUUGGAGGAUAUUAUAGUGCUCUCAAAAUUGUCACUAGUGAUCAAUGGUUAUCAAAUGUUAAUUCUUUAACCCAUCUUUCCUUCAAUUUCAUAUCUAAUUUUAACAGUUCUCCUAGCUGCCUUCGAACCAUUGCCAAGCUACCAAAACUAAGAGAACUCAGCUUAAUUGAAUGUGGCCUUUCCGAUCAUUUCCUCCUUUCAUUUAACCCUUCUAACUUCAAUUUUUCUACUUCCCUUUCUGUCCUUAGACUUUCCUUAAACUUCUUCAUGAAACCGAUGAUAUUCCAGUGGGUGUCAAACACCACUUCCAACCUUGUUGAGCUUGACCUUCGUUGGAACCUCUUGAAGGGUUUGACAUCAAAUCAUUUUGGCUUGUUUAUGAAUUCGCUUGAGCACCUUUACCUGUCUGGAAAUGUGUUCAAGGGUGAAGAUUUGAAAUCAUUCAUGAAUAUAUGCACCCUACGUUCAUUAUACAUGUAUGAAAACAAUAUGACCGAAGACCUUUCGUCAAUUCUUCAUAAUUUGUCUAGUGGUUGUGUUAGAUACUCAUUACAACAAUUGAGUUUGGCAUCCAAUCAAAUCAGAGGCUCCAUACCUGACAUUCCAACAUUUUCAAAUUUAAAAAUGUUGGAUCUUUCUGACAAUCAAUUGAGUGGGAAGAUACCUGAAGGCACUAGAUUGCCAUCUCAUUUGGAGCAGUUGUUAAUUAAGUAUAACUCUUUAGAAGGUGGUGUUCCAAAAUCAUUUGGGAACACAUGUACUUUGGAGUUAUUGGAUUUCUCUGAUAAUAAGUUGAGUGAAGAUCUUACGGUAAUAUUUAAUCAUUUGUAUAGAUGUUCUAGAUACUCAUUACGAGAAAUAUAUCUUGGUCAAAAUAAAGUCAAUGGCACAUUACCUGAUUUCUCAAUAUUUGCAAAGUUAGAAAUUUUGCAUCUCAGUAUCAAUCAAAUUAGUGGUACUUUGCCUAGCAACCUCGCAACAAUGUUCCCAUCAUUAAAAGGAUUGUACCUUGAUAGUAACAAGCUAAAUGGGACAAUUUCUAAAGAUCUUCGAUUUCCACCAGAACUUGAGGGAUUAAACUUGAUCUCAAACUCUUUGAAAGGUGUGUUAACUGAUUCUCAUUUUUAUAGUAUGACAAAGUUAAAGAGCUUGAUAUUGUCAGAUAACUCAUUGAUGUUAGAAGUUAGUCAAAAUUGGACUUCAAAUUUUCAAUUGGAUACUAUUGAAUUGAGGUCUUGCAAGCUUGGUCCAUUGUUUCCCAAAUGGCUAGAGAAACAAAACAAAUUUCAAUACCUUGACAUUUCAAAUAGUGGAAUAUCAGGUACCGUUCCAAAAUGGUUUUGGACCAAAUUUGGAUUGUCAAGUUGGAUGAGUAUUAAUAUUUCAUGUAAUAAUUUACAAGGUACGAUUCCAAAUUUACAAUUAGAGAAUCAAUAUUAUUCUCUUAGUCUGGCAUCAAAUCAAUUUGAAGGUUAUGUUCCACCAUUUUUACGAGNCUCAAUAUUUCUUGAUCUAUCAAACAAUAAAUUCUCAAAUUCUUCUUGGCUUUUAUGCUCCAGUGGUGUAGUUGAAACUUUAUACCGAUUAGACCUUUCAAAUAAUAUGUUUUCUGGACAAAUUCCAGACUGUUGGACCCAUUACAAAUCAUUGACUUACUUAAAUAUGAGUCAGAACAAAUUUGUAGGAGAGAUUCCCUCUUCAAUGGGAUCACUCCUUGAACUUCAAGUUUUGUUAUUGAGAAACAAUAACUUAACAGGUAAAAUCCCUUCCAUCUUGAAGAAUUGCACACAAUUGGUGAUGAUAGACAUAACAGAAAAUAGAUUAUCAGGAUCUAUCCCAAAUUGGAUCGGGAACGAAUUAUCAGAGUUGCAAUUUUUAAGCUUAAGAAGCAACUAUUUCCAUGGAAGUUUACCGUUACAAAUUUGUUAUCUAAAAAGCAUUCAACUCUUAGAUCUCUCUCAAAACAACCUAUCCGGAGAAAUUCCUAAAUGCAUAAAAAACUUUUCCUCAAUGGCUCAAACCACUUCUUUGAGAGAUUAUAGAGGUCAUGAAUAUUUGGUCAACACUACUUAUACCGGAGGUUACUAUUCGUAUGAUUUGAAUGCAAUCUUGAUGUGGAAAGGUUCAGAACAAAUGUUCACAGACAAGGGAUUAUCACUUUUAAAAAGCAUUGAUCUCUCAAACAAUCAAUUAUCAGGAGAAAUUCCAAAAGAAAUAGAGGGUUUAUUUGGAUUGGUGUCAUUGAAUUUAUCAAGAAACCAAUUAAAAGGGAAAAUCCCUUCAAAUGUUGGAGAGUUAACAUCACUUGAAUUUCUUGAUUUGUCACAAAACCAACUUGUUGGUUCUAUUCCUUCAAGUCUUGCUCAAAUUGAUAGACUCACUAUGUUAGAUUUGUCACAUAAUUAUUUAUCUGGAAAAAUUCCAACUGGCACACAAUUACAGAGUUUCGAUGCUUCCAAAUAUGAAGAUAAUGUUGAUCUCUGUGGACCACCAUUAAAGAAAUUGUGCAUUGAUGGAGUGGCAAGACAAGGACCAAUUAUUAAAUUUCAAGAGGAUGACAAUUUGAUUUUCAAUCGUGAAUAUUAUAUAAGUAUGACAAUUGGAUUUGUCAUAAGCUUUUGGGGAGUGUUUGGUUCAAUCUUAAUAAUACGUUCUUGGCGUCAUGCAUAUUUCGAAUUCUUAAUUAAUUUCUCAGACAGCUUCUAUGUCAUGACAGUAUUGAAAGUUUUGAAGAGAUUCUACACAACAUAA